UUCAUAUCUCAAAGUCGAAGUUGAACUUAACACAAGAACGAAGAUAUGCCAUCCCUCUCUCUCUUCUCUUCACUGCCUUCGCUUCAAAACCCUAACUUGAACCAUGCCCACUUCUUCAAACCAAUCAAAAUCCUCAAUUUCCGUUUAAAUUCAACGAUUCCUUCAUCAGCUCACUGUCAUCGCCACUUUUCGCACCUCUACAAAACCACUACCACUCUUCACCGUAGAAUCCACUGCAAAGCCUUGAAGGAUUCCGGCGAAGACAUUAAGGCGGUAUUGGACUCGGAUAGCGGAGGAGAUGGCGGCGACGGCGGUGGAGGUGGCGAUGGUGGGGGUGAGCGAGAGGUGGAGAAAAAAGAUGGGUCUUCGGGGCCUUUGCCAGAAUGGUUGAAUUUCACUUCUGAUGACGCAAAGACGGUAUUUGCGGCUCUGGCAAUAUCGCUUGCAUUUCGUACGUUCGUGGCUGAGCCGAGGUACAUUCCUUCGUUGUCAAUGUAUCCUACAUUUGAUGUUGGAGAUCGAAUUGUUGCUGAAAAGGUUUCAUACUAUUUUAGAAAGCCAUGCGCAAAUGACAUAGUGAUAUUUAAAAGCCCUCCAGUCCUUCAAGAAGUUGGAUAUACGGAUGAUGAUGUUUUUAUAAAACGUAUUGUUGCAAAGGAAGGUGAUAUUGUGGAGGUUCGUAAAGGGCAUCUUGUAGUUAAUGGGAUUGAGAGGAAUGAAAAGUUCAUCUUUGAACCACCUUCUUAUGAGAUGAAACCCACACGUGUGCCAGAGAACUACGUAUUUGUGAUGGGAGACAACCGCAAUAACAGCUAUGAUUCCCAUGUGUGGGGUCCCCUGCCAGCCAAGAAUAUAAUAGGUAGAUCAGUACUCCGCUAUUGGCCACCAAAUAGAAUUGCCGGCACAAUUUCUAAGGAAGGUUGCCUUAUUGAAACCAAGCAGGAGACUACUCUAGCCUCUCAAUGACCACUCUUCAUCCCAUCACACCAAUCAUUUGUUGUGAAUUGUAUCAUUUUUGUAACGUUCUUUUUAAUAUUAAUUUUAUCAAUUUUAAAAAAGAAAUGGGACGUUUGUUUGGCUUGAAAAUCUUUUAAGUUCCUUUCCAUUCUACAUAAUGACUCGUGUAAUUGUUCAUCACCUUUUGACUGUAUUUAUUCAGAAUUCAGAUGCAAUAGUAACAGAAAAUAUA